AUGGCGACGGGGGCAGAGAUGGAGUUCGGAAGCAUGAAGAGGAAGGAGCUUCAAGCUCUUUGCAAAAAGCACGGGAUUCCGGCGAACAAGACCAAUCGGGAAUUGGCGCUUCUCUUGACUGUAGCUCUUAAGGUGAGUGAAGCUCCGGCGAUACGUAGUCACGGCGAAGGUGAAGAUUUGGACGAGGAGAAUGAUACGGACGUUCCCCGGAAGCGGGUGAGGUUUAGCCCUGAAGUCGAAACGCGAGAAUAUGAGCCAACUGCUUGCAAACAGAAAGGCAGGACUACUAGGGCGAAUGCUAAGGUCAAAAAGGCUAACCCUGAUGUUCAUGUGGAUGAGGCUUCCAAGAAGUUGGAGAAAGAUGGAUUGAGUAAAGGAAGCAGAAAGCCUGUUGAGGAGUGUGCUGAACCUGGAAAUGUUGUGAGAAGACGGAAAAGAAAUGCCCCCAAGGGCACAGAUUCUGAACCCAUGUUGGUCAUGGAAUCGAAAUCAAGUGGAGUGAGUGGGAGGAUCACAAGGCGUACAGCUACAAGCCAGUCCACUCGUAAUACUUCGGCAGUCAACAAAGAAGAAGAUCAUUAUGAUGUUAUUGACGUGGGGAAAUCCCCUGAGGGAGCUAAAAGAUAUCCUUCUCGUCGGCAAUGUGUAGUGAUCCAAACUGACGAAUCCGGAAGUACCGAACUAGAGCACAAAGGCAAAACCAGUAAGCGUUCGAGUAAAGACGAGUUAGAACCAAAUGUGGGUGAUCAAGCUUCUGCAGAUGCUAAAGAAGAUAAGACAGAAAAGGCUUUAGCACCCGCUGGCAAUCUGAGAAGGUUCAGGCGGAAGACUGAUGUUUUGGGUACUAGUAACAUUGAGUUGGGAUCUAACACGAAUGCUGAAGCUUCUAAAGAAGAUGAUAUUGAAAAGGUUUCAGCGCCCCUUGCAAAUUUGAGAAUGUCCAGGCGGAAGACUGAUGUUUUGGGUACUAGUAAUAUUGAGUUGGGAGCUAAUAUGAAUGCUGAAUCUUGCAAAGAAGAUGAUAUUGAGAAGGUUUCAGCACCCCUUGCAAAUUUGAGAAAGUCCAGGCGGAAGGGUGUUGUUUCAGGUAAUAAUCAUCCAGUUACUGAAGUGGGAGAUGGUGAGUCUGUUGUGGUGGAGGGAAUACCCACGUUGGUCAUAGAAUCAAAAUCAAAUGAAGUGAGAGGGAGGACCACAAGGCUUAGAAGUAGAAGCCAGUCCACUUGCAAUACAUUGACAGCAAAAAAAGAAGAUCAUAAUGAGGUUACAGUCGAGAGGGAAUUCCCUGUGGGAGCAAAAAGAUAUCCUACUCGGCAGCAAUGUGCAGUGACUCAAACCGAUAAAUUCGAAAGUGCUGAAGAAGAGCUGAAAGGCAAAACAAGUAAGCGUUCUAGAAAAGGUGAGUUAGAAGCAAAUGUGAGUGCUCAAGCUUCUGCAGAUGCUGAAGUAGAUACGAGUGAGAAGGCUUCAGCACCCGCUGAAAAUCCGAGAAGGUCCAAGCGGAAGACUGAUGUUUCGGGUACUAGUAACAUUGAGUUGGGAGCUAAUAUGAAUGCUGAAUCUUAUAAAGAAGACGAUACUGAGAAGGUUUCAGCACCUGUUGCAGAUAUGAGAAGGUCCAGGCAGAAGAGUGUUGUUUUGGGUACUAUUAAUCCAGUUGAUGAAGCGGGAGAUGACAAGUCCGUUGUAGUGGAGGAAAUACCCAAGCACGUGAACAGGAAAUCCACCAGACAGAAAUCUGGUGUUCUUCAGGAGGAUAAGUCUAAAGGUGCACAAGAAAAGUCGCGAGGGAAAGCCUUUCCUAGUAAUGUGUCUAGUAACUCCAAGUUGAAAGUAUUUAUAGUGGAUGAAGCUUCUGUAGUGGAUAAUCUGUCGAAGGUUUCAUCACCCGUUGUAAAUCUCAGACGGUCCAGGCGGAAUACUAACCUUGACGAAGUGCAAAAAUCUGAAGCUUUUCAGGUGGAAGAAUCUGCCAAGGCUGUCGACCGAAAUUUCUCUGGUCGGAGUGAAAAUGAUGCAAAAGAGUUGAAACGCAAGGCUGAUAAGCUGUUAAGAAACUCGGGGUUGGAAGUGAUUAUGGAAACUGAGCCUUUUGCAACUUCAAAGGAGAACAUUAAGGGCCAGAAGGCUCCUUUACCAACUGGCAAUCUCCGAAGAUCCAGCCGGAAGACUUCAGUGUUGAGUCCUAUUUGUGAAGAUAAUGCAGUAGUGGGAGCUAUAGAGGCUCUUGGAAGCCUUCGCCAAAUUGGUGAACAAGUUUCUGGAAAUGACGUUGAACCAACCGAUGAAUCUGGGGAUACUUCAAUUGAAACAGGAAAGACUACUGAUGUUGUUGGAGAGAUUGAGCGGCAGAGCUGUAAAGGAAAGCGAGCUCGUCUGGGUACUCAAGUGGUUAAGAGGGAAUCAGUGGUUGGUAAGCCUAGACAAUCAGCACGAGUUAACCUGAAAAGCAGCAAGACUGGAUCUCCUGGAUAUAGAAAAACAGCUGAGAAGGAGCAACAUACUACUAUCAAAUUGCCGGUUACAGCCAAGGAAGCUAAUAAGUCUGCUGAGAGCGUAAUACCUGUAGAAGAGUCGCCCACGAAAGUAGUAGAAAUUGGCCCGUCGGAGUCUGUACCUGAUAAAGGUUCUGUUGAUACUGGGGAAAAGAUGGAGGGAACUCCAUCUCUAUCAUUCUCCAAGUUGGUAGGUUCUUCCAGACAUCAAGGACUGCCAAGAUCAUCUGCUCUCAGUGAAAAAACUCACACUGAAGUUAAAGAGGAAGUAAACGUUGGUUUCGUGUCUGUCUUAUCUAAAGAGAAACCGAAUUUAUUCCAUUCAUCUGGAGAAGGAGGUUGUCUGGUUUCUUCAGAGAGGAACAAGUCAAGUGAAAGAUCUGAAAAUUUAAAGGAAAUUUCAGGUAGACUAUCAUUCAAGCUAGUGGGAGCGCUGAUGGACGAAGAAAUAGCAGGGUCUUCAAGAAAGCUGGCAUCUAUGAGGCAAGAGGCCAAUCCUUCAGGAGAUGAUUGCGAUCAAUGGCCCCGAGAUUUUGCUAUUGAGGAUGACAAAGAUGAACAAUUUGGUCGAAAUUUGGAAAUUUUUGAAGAGCUUAACCAUGGUAAUUUAGGUGAACCCGAACAGCCUAAAAAUGAAAGCAGAGCUGCUGAUGUGGAAAAUUUAUCGUCUGAGAAUCAAUUUCCGUUAGUUGGUGAAUUCUCAAGUCCUCUGGCGUUCAAGGAAGCAAAGGGAAGAGAAGAGCUCCAUGAAAAUGAGCAUCAGUCCAUUGAAUCCAACAAAAAUCCAAUUCCUGGCGAUGAAUUUACGGAACCCGAGGUUCCACAGAAUCAGGAGGACACUACCUUCGGCCAGAAGUUUUCACCGGCGGGUCAGGAGUUGGUCAUUAAGAACGCAGCAAAUGUGCUUGAAACUGAUAAAAAUCAUGACUUUUCUCUGGAAGAUGACAUGAACGAGAAAGGAGGGAACUCCAGGAGACCGAAAUUGGACAAGCUGCAAACUGAGAUGAUGUCUCCUAAAGCAGCUAUAGGAAGCACUGCUAGAAUUACUAGAGCUUUUGAUACUCACAAACCACAAUUUUCUAUUGAUGAUUUGGAAACAGGAAUUGCUCUGAAUCUAGGUGCCCUAGACGUACAGGAAAACGAGGCCCCUUUAGAGGACAAAUUGGAAAGAAACUAUCCAGUAUCUGGAGUGACCGCUGGUGGACCUUCCUUGAUACUACAGAAUGUUUCAGCAUCCCCAAGCAGCAAUGGUAUAGAGAGUUUUCAGCUUGCUUGGGAGGUUGACAGUAGUAAGUUAACAGACAGUGAUGAUUGCCAGAAGACUACUGAAAGUAUGGAUCUUCCUGACGGGUCUAGUAAAAAAGGGCAAACAGAGAUGCAAGAAGUAGAAAUUAUAGAAGUUCCCUUGGAUGGUACUGACUGUUUCGAUGGAAACCCUCCCUCAAUUGAAAAUGGCUGGAACUGUUCUGAUGUGGAGGCUGCCAAAGGGAAGGACUGUUCACAUACUAUUGAGGAGGAGGUUGAAGGUUCAAAAAAGGAACAUAACCCUCCUGGGUCCUCCAGCUAUUGUUAUGAACAAUUCCUUGAGAAUCAAAGCUCUACACUUUCCCCAGAUAACCUGACUAUUAUAGAUGCUCGUCAGUCGACUAUGGUAAAAACUCUUGAUGGAGUGUUGGAGCAUUUAGCAAAAGAGGAAGCUGAGACAACCUCUGCUGAUUUGAGCUGUUGCAAGGAUCCCGCUGUGAGCAAGAAUGAAGGUUCAGAGGCAAAUUCUAUUCGGGUCCUAUGUCAAGAAAGUGCAACUUCCGUCGGAGAGAGUGUGCAUCUAAUGGUUGACAGGUUAAUAGACAUGAAUGUAUUGAAUCAAGAGAAAAGUAUGUCUGAAAUCGAAGAAGAUGCCAGUGGCCAGAAGGAGUCCACCAAUGUGCUUCAUGCUGAGGAAUAUCAGGACAUCUGUGGAGAUGAUGAAAUGAAUGAGAAAGGAAGGAGUUACAGGAGUUUGAAAUCUGACAAGGGGGAAAAUGGAAGGACAUGGGUCCCUGGUUCAACAUUUUCUGAGUGCAGCAGAGACAGUCCUUUGGAAGUUAAUGAUGCUGAUCAAGCUACACGCGUCCAGGAAAUUAGCAACCAAGCUAAUGAGAAGACAUUUGGUUCCCAGAAAGACAACAAUGCUAUAGAGGUUGCCCAGUUUUCUGGGCUGGCUGAUGGUGAUAGAUUAACAAAUAUUGAAGAGUAUCGGGAGGCUAUGGAUACUGAAAUUCUCGUUUAUGAAGGGGUUUCUAAAGAUGUGGUAAAGGAGCUGCAAGAAGCAACAGCAAAUGAAGAUGAUUCCUCCUUAGAAGUUACCCAGGAACUGGUAAAAAACCGUCUCUCACUUGAAAAUGACUGUAACGGUGAGGCAGUUGAAGAGACCAAAUUCCUUGACAAUAGCUCUGGUCUUUCUGCUAUUCGAGCAUCUUUUAACGAAGAAACUGAAUCCAUGGGGUUGAAUCUACACUUUGGGGGCCAAGAUGGAGAAGUGAAUCAAGUGAUGACGAGCAUCAGCAAUCAAAAUGCCUCCUCUUCACCAAGGAUUGCAGUAGGAACACACAAUGAUGAAAAGAUAACUGAAGAGCAGCAGGAGGGUGAUCUGGAGGAUGAUGCAUCGAUAAUGUCCUCUCCAUUCUGCAUUCCGUUAGCCAACUCAUUUGCACCUCUCUGUUUAGAUAUGUCUCCUGGUAGUGCAACAAUGGAGGUGGCUGUGUUGCCGCCAUCAUCAUUAUCAUCCCCACCUCAGAACACUAGUAGUGACCGCGCAGGGAAAGAUGGGGCAGCCAUUGAUGACAAGAAGAAUCUCCCAUCACCCCGAACUGGAGGAACGGAUGAUGCAUCAAUUAUGUCCUCUCCAUUCUGCAUUCCGUUAGCCAACUCAUUUGCACCUCUCUGUUUGGAUAUGUCUCCUGGUACUGCAACAAUGGAGGUGGAUAAGUUGCCGCUAUCAUCAUUAUCAUCCCCACAACAGAACUCUAGGAGUAACCACGUCGGGAAAGAUGAAGCAGCCAUUGGUGACGGGAAGAAUCUGCCAUCACCCCAAACUGGAAGAGUGGAGGAUGGUAUAGGUGAAGACAAGCAAGAGAAAACACCAUGGAGCUUAGAAAUGGAGCUGUUGGGAUCACCAAAAGUUCCCAGAACUUCUCCUGUUCCAGGUAACUUCCUAGGGUAGCUAUCUGAUUUUGGUUUCUACAUUAAUGCAAUGUUCAAGAAGACGCUAGGCACUAUCUACUGCCCAGCCCGAUUAGUCGUUGCCUAGGCGAGAUUAAAUGUUGAAAAAAAAAAUGUUUUAGAUAAGCCAUAUUCCACAAAAACCCAAGUCCCCAUAUCAUUAUUCAUCCAUUCAUAUACAUAUACAACCCUUUUCCACAAUCCCAAACAUCCUACGUCGCCAACCAUGAGGAGAGAUCUCACUGUUGGUCGAUGAGAGGGAGCGGCUGGUCGAAUGGAAAUGGGAAAUAGAAUAGGGUUUGAGAUUUUCACAAAAAGGCUACACUUUCCCCUUUAUUAGUUGUUCUGGGCGUCGCCCACCAGGGU